GAGAGGGGAAGAAAGGAGACAGAGGAGAGGAUCGGGUGAGACAAGGUGGCGAGGAGUGAAAGGGAGGAAAAAGGGGAGCAGAGAGGGGUGUGUGAGGACCAAAGAGGAAGAAGACAACGAAAGAGCGAGCAGAGGAUGAGCCUGUCUAUUUAAAGGCAUCUGAGACUGCACGGGUCUGCUGUCUUUCUAUUCCUGACCGACGGCAUCAACAAAUUUGGACCAGAAAGUCUGUCUCCCCCCCUUUUCCCUCAGUCCUCAUUGCAAGACUCCUUUUUGCUCUCAGGUGUGAAGUGGAGGGCCUCCCAAACACAGACCAAGACUGGCUGCAUGUAUCACCCAGCAGAGCUCUACUCUGGCCGUAACACAUGGGACUCCUAUCCAGCUGGGGGACCUAACAGAGGACAAUGGGCUCCUGUCAACAGUCGCCCCUGGAGCCACACACAAAGAUGCCAAGGAGGGCGCAAUCAAUCACAUCAUUCACUAUCCAAUCGUCUUUACAAUAGGGGGGACAGAGCAGUCAACCACGUCCAGGACAAGGGUAUCUCCAAGGGGCACCGACAGCUGCUACGAAUUGGUUACGGUAAAGACCAGCCGUUUGAGGCCCAGAACUGGCAUCACAACUCCACACGCUCAUUCCACAAUCGAGCUGGCAGCAACAAUAGUUACCUAACGGGACCAGGAGAGCGCUACUGGGACAACAAUGUCAACAACUCUGUGCAUGGGGGUCCUCGCCUGCAUCGCAACAACAACAGGGAACUCCAGCCCCCGCCAGAGAGAUGGGCCCCCUCAGACUGCCGCAGGAGCUUCCCAGGCAGAAUGGUAAACAACAGACCAGGACCUUGGAAACGGCCGGCCCUCCACCAGCGGCGAGAGCAACUGCACCAGCACAGUCCACCCCCACAGCACCCUUUAUCCCCGAGGGAUGAGUUUCCAGCCAAGAGGAGGAGGGACUCGGGUCCUGAUCAGUCAUCUCAUCCUGGAUCACGGCAUAUACCUUUACUUGUCCACGCCCCAUCACCACCUCGCCACCAUCGCUGCAACCAAGAUGACUGGAAGCCUCUUAAUGACAGGGCGGGUCCUUGCCACCACUCUGAUCACAGGACCUCAGCAACACAGCAACAGGACACCUCUAAACUGCGAGCUGGAGGACAUGGCCUCAGUAACCCAGCUCCGCCACACCAGAGCUGCGGCAGCAGACCACCGCAUCAUGGAAGCAGAGGGAAGAUCGACCGGAAAGUCUCGUCCUCACCAGCAGACCACACCCGUGUGCCUUACAGCCACCAAAACCAUCAUUACCACCAUCAGCGGCACACAGGCCACUCGAGAGCCCCACAGCACAACAUCCUGCUACGCCCUCUGGAGGAAAAGGACUCACGGAGCCAUCACCACAAACAAAGCACAGAAACUCAGCGCACCCAUUUAAGGGGAAAUUCAAGGGAUGAAGACUCUCCUCCCUACUCAUCCCUCCUCUGCAGUCCUAAAGAUGGAGGCUCUGUUUCCAGCAGUCCAGGUGCUCCUUCCAGUCCCUCUUCAUACGUAGCGGUCAGUGGUAGAAAAGAUCCAUCAGUCAUUCAGCAGUGUUGUCCCAGCCUCAAGGGACAGCAGAAACUUCAAGAAAGCCCCAAUCACACCCCGAGACUGAGUCUGUCAUCGACCACAUCGCUUACAUCUCACGCUGGUUCCAAAUCCAGGUUUUCAGAUCCCAAAUACAGAAAGACCUCACAGCUCCUCUCCUCACGACAGUCCCCUCACGGCAGAUCAAGAGCCAACAAGCCUGAGAAAGAGAUGGAAGAACACAAAAACCCUGAGUACAAGCUGAAAGAUAGGCCGGUCAAAAAGGAGAGAAAGGGUGAAUUCCUAAAGACCAACAGGAAGGGUGAGGAAAGAAAAAGACGGAAGAAAAAGGAGGAAAAAAGGUUGGGUGAGAAGAAAAAGAAAAGAGAGAAAAUAUUAAAGAAAGAAAGAAAGUUAGGCCAGAAAACUAAAGUCACAGAAAAGGAAAUGUUUUCUUCUAUCUGUACCUCCUCCUGUGCAGGCGAAGCCAAAAUGAGUAAGAUGGAGACUUCAGCUUUGACUCCAGAGAAUCAGAGUCAGUCACCCCCCAAACACAAGCACAGGGAGAGGAGUGAGCAAGCAGAGAGGAUAUCACACAAGCCGUCCACAGACAAUCCUCAUCCCAGCUGCGCUUCACAGCAGCGUCCCUCAAAAUCUGCAAAUCACAAAAUGCCCAAAAAGAAUCGCAGUUCCCUAAAACCCCCUGUCAAGCAACGACCAAUACAGACCCCGUCCAAAAACACUAGCCCCAACCAGACCAGCAAGAAGCCCGCCAUCGUCUCAUCCCGAACAGAAGAUGGACCAAAAACGAAGCCAGACGACACACUCCCUUCGCUCUUGUUUAAAGCCUUAGUACCUCUCAGUACAGCUUGUUCUGUUACUUUAGAGCAGCCUGUCCAUGGCAAAGAAGGUGGCCAGGGAGGGGUCCUCAGUGCCCCAGACCUCCAGCCUGUGGCGGUGCUGGGAAAUCUGAGAGAAGUGGGGGACAACCUUGCCAACACUCCUCCUGUCCUCAGCUGGCAGGGCUCUCCUGUGUCAGUUCUGGGAGAGGAUGAAGAGGAGCUAGAAAAGGGAGUGAUACGAAGACCGGUCCUCCAGCCCAGCCCCACGCAGUGCUUCUCGCCUCCUCCUGUGGACAGUGAAAGCAACGAGGAUACGAAUAAGGAGCCUUGUGAGGAUACACUGGAUGAUUAUUCGCCCAGUGGCGUGUCUGAGCUCUGUGAUCUACCUUGUAAAACUGAACGAGGUGCUGAGGAAGAAAUUGAAGAGGAGGUGGAGAGCAGCAAGGAGACCCCGGGCUCUCUUCUUCGUGAGCUUCACCACCAUAAAACGGGUUUGGAUGAUGUCUUCAAGAGCCUCGCCUCCUUCCUCGGAGGCCAGAGGGUCACGUGUCGAGGCGGCCCGUUCGGCGGGCCUCCUGCUAGUGCCACGAAAGGGGUGAAGUACUCCUCCUCUCUUGCACUGGGGCCAGAGAUCCACUGUCAUGAGAAUCCGAAUUUCUCCCCCAAAUCAAGUCCCGCAGCGUCCCCCGAAACCAGUAAUCAGUCGCCAACUCACACUACCUCAGACACACUUUUACAAAUCCGCAGUACGACAGAUCUGAGUGAGCCAGUCACUGAAGAUCCGGCACAGGCAAAGCAGCAAAAAAUUGAAAAUGAUAUAAAGGAGAAACAAGAGGGCAAAGAUGCAGAGAUCCUGCUGGAGAGAACAGAGUCGUCUCUUUUGGACGGGUCACUGAGUGCAGAGCUGAGACUGACCACAACGCAUACAGCCUCUUUCACCAGCCUCAUUACCGUGUCCACCAAGGAGGAGAGAGACAACGGCAAGGAGACAGAGCACACAGGUACAGACAGAAAGAGAAAACACAAGGCGAAGGAUGGAAGAGGAGAAGGAGAGAUCAAGAUUAAGAUAAAGACAGAGGAAAGCAAAGUCAUCUGUUCUAAAAAUAAAGCAAACGAAAUGAAGGAUUUGAAAGAGAGGGACGUUUCAUCCUCGGUACCGGUCGUUUCCAGAAACUCACCCAGACCUCUCAAAGACAGUAUGAAGGGCCAGAUUCCUCAGGAAAAUCAAACCCCACAUGGCAAAGACAUCCAGAGAGACAAAGUGGACGCUGGGAACGCUAAUGUAAAGACGGCAGCAGAGCAGAAGGACGAGGUCGACGGGACGGCGUCGGCAGCUGGAAGCACAGAAACCAACAGCUCACAGUCAGCGUCUGGCGUAACAAUCAGUGCAGCCAAAUUAGGUGCUCCCACACCAGCAAGUAAACCUCCUCCCUGCUCAUUAGCUCCAGUCGACCCCCUGAAACUGAAAGCGUUGUCCAUGGGCCUGUCGAAGGAGCUGAAGAUCCUCUUGAUUAAAGUGGAGAGUGCUGGGAGGCAGACGUUCAACAUAUCAGAAGUGGAGGAGCAAAGAAUCCCACUUUCCAAGAUCAGCAUCAACAACACGGCCACUGAAGUCGUCCGAGCGUGCAAGGGAACAAGGGUGAGGGGCAAAUUCAAGGAGUCGUUCCUGCUUCCUGCCCUCUCUGUCAAACCCAGCAUUUCCAUCGAGACCCCCAUUCCUCGGGAAAAGCUGAACCCUCCCACGCCGAGCAUCUAUUUGGAGAGCAAGAGGGACGCCUUCUCUCCAGUCCUGCUUCAGUUCUGCACCGAUCCCAAAAAUGCUGUUACGGUCAUCAGAGGCCUUGCUGGCUCCCUCCGCCUUAAUCUUGGUCUGUUCUCCACCAAGUCUCUGGUGGAGGCCAACUCGGACCAUGCCGUGGAAGUGAGGACUCAGGUUCAACAGCCUGCUGAUGAGAACUGGGAUUCGAGUGGCUCGGCACAGACGUGGCCCUGCGAAAGCAGCCGCUCGCACACCACCAUCGCCAAAUACGCCCAGUACCAGGCCUCCAGCUUCCAGGAGAGUCUACAGGAGGAGAAGGAGAGUGAGAAUGAGGAGGAAGGAGAGCAGCCCUCAGACCCGUCAGCGGCCACGAAAGCUGCUCUGAUGUUAGCCACCUCCACGACCAACAAAGCCAAUUCUGCUCCCGUCGUCAGCAAAGCCCAACCCGUUAAUGGCACCAGCACGCCCAGCCCAGACCAGAAAACAGCCGGGAAGAUCAUUAAAUUCGGGACCAACAUUGACCUCUCUGACCCUAAAAGGUGGAAGCCCCAGCUGCAGGAGCUGCUGAAGCUGCCAGCUUUCAUGCGAGUGGAAUCCAGUAACAACAUGCUCAGUCACGUCGGUCACACCAUCCUGGGCAUGAACACCGUCCAGCUGUACAUGAAGGUGCCGGGCAGCCGUACCCCAGGUCAUCAAGAGAACAACAAUUUCUGCUCAGUCAACAUCAACAUCGGGCCCGGUGACUGCGAGUGGUUUGCAGUCCAUGAACACUACUGGGAAUCUAUCAACAAGUUCUGUGAGAAGCAUGGCGUAGACUACCUUACAGGAUCCUGGUGGCCGGUUCUGGAAGACCUCUACAGCUCCAACAUCCCCGUGUACCGCUUCAUUCAGAGGCCCGGAGACUUGGUGUGGAUCAAUGCAGGGACUGUGCACUGGGUCCAGGCGGUGGGCUGGUGCAACAACAUCGCCUGGAAUGUGGGACCGCUCAACUCGUACCAGUAUCAGCUCGCUCUGGAGCGCUUCGAGUGGAACGAGGUGAAGAAGGUGAAGUCAAUCGUUCCCAUGAUCCACGUCACGUGGAACGUGGCUCGCACCAUCAAGAUCACCGAUCAGGAUACCUUCAAGAUGAUCAAACACUGCCUGAUGCAGUCCAUCAAGCACAUCCAGAUUCUGAGAGACCAGCUGGUGGCUGCGGGGAAGAAAAUCUGUUACCAGAGCCGUGUGAAGGACGAGCCGGCCUACUACUGCAACGAGUGUGACGUGGAGGUGUUCGACCUGCUGUUCGUGACCAGCGAGAACAGCAGCAAGAAGACCUACGUGGUGCACUGUGAGGACUGUGCCAGAGCUAAGAGCCCGUCGCUGGCAGGAGUAGUGGUGCUGGAACAGUAUCGAAUAGAGGAGCUGAUGAGAACAUACGACAGUUUAGUGCUGACUCCAUCGCCCUUUUCAAAGUGAGGACUCCUCCCACGGUGUCUUUCAGCCAUAACCAAAACUCUAAUGGCAGCACAAAUGUUGUCUUCAAGGCAAUCGGUUCCUGCAAACACUUUCUCAAUCAGCCAAUCACGUUUACUCAGUAUUGUUUACAUCACACAAUAAGGUAUGGAUACUCAGCCAAUCCAACUAUAGCUCACUGUCUUCCCCAUACCAGCUGCUGAUUGGACGUGUGUUUUGAAAUAGAAUGACUAGACUGGUACUUCUCAUGAAAAGCAUUUCAGAUGAAAAAGAGAAAAGAAAAAAAAACACCACAAUGUGAGCACUGCUAGCACUGAAAAUCAGGUUAUAUAUGUUCAACGGACUCUGCUGUGAUUCAAAAGCGUCAAGUAGCCGGUUCUGUGUAAUGAUUCAGGUACUUUUAUGCAAAUUCAGUAGAAUUUUUUUACACCAAUCUAGUUAUUCUAUAUGUCCAUGAAUUUGCUGUGAUUCUAUUGUACCAGCAGGGGAAUCGCUUCACAGGAGAAGUAGCUGAUUGUCACAUUUGGCAUCGUAUUGGUUCCUGUUUUUGUUUGGUAUUCAGGUGACAUUUGUAAUUCCUGUCUGUAAACUCUUCGAGGUGCUAUUCCGAUCUUAUUUAUUCUCGUUAGAUACUUAAAAAGAAAAAAAAAAGUUUUACCAGCCUAGAAGUACACCACAUUGGCCUUGUGAACUGUAUUUAGAGGAGAGGUAAUUAGAGGAUUAAACACACAAAUAAGGUUUUAUGUAAGUAUUAAAAAAAAAAAGAUGAAUCAAAAACUUUCAGUUUCUCUAAAAUACGGGUUUACUAGAGGACUAAUAUGGUUUCAUUCUUAGUUGGGAAUCAAGCGUGGCGAGGGGAAACGUUUGCUUUUUCUCGAGUCCAGCUAAAUGGCGGUCGGCGUGGUUUCUAUGAGAAAACAGACGCAGUGUCGUUUUUAUUUUUGGAAAAGGGGGAAAAUAGUCCCGAGUUUUAUACCUCUUUUUUUUUUCGUUGCAAUGUUCCUGUUUCUAGACGACAGAGAAAAUAAAUAAUUGUAAAUUGUGAAUGAAUUUAUGGAAUACACAGUGGUGUGCAUAGACGGGGUGCAGAGAGAGAGAGAGAAAGAGAGUCGCCAUUGAUGUUUGUGUCAAUGAAGUGCCCAUGAAGUAAUAUGUCCAAAGAGACACACAAUCACUAUCUUGAAAUGCAAAAACCAGUGAGGCCAAACACGAGCAGACUGCAGGGCACGUCACUGUUUCCGUUUAAAGCCGACACAUCCGUCCUGAUGAGGUUCAGCUCCAUGCACUGCCACGGGGUUUAAUAAUAUAUACUGUAUUUGACAUGUUGAACAAGCACAUGAACUGAAAUAUCACAAGAAAGGCCCAGAUGUCAAGAGCCCAUGCUAUGCUUUUGGGGUUUUUUUUCUUUUUUGGUUUUUUUUUUUUUUUCUGUUUACAUUAAACUUACAAAGUCGAUGCCAAAGGGAGCGACGGCCUCCCACAGAAAACACCUGCACCUCCUCACCUGCAUGAAACGCCUCAUCUGAAGCUCAGACUUCUGUCCUGUGACGAGUUCACGCCUGAUGUCUGCAAACGUCAGCAGCUCUGGGAGGGCUGCAGCUCGCAUAGAGCGCGGCAUCACUGUACAUAAGCAGCAUCGCGUUGCCAAUCAGAACAGAGCAGAGGGUGAGACAAGGUGCUGUGUGAUGUGUUUCUGAACAUUAAAGCAUGUAAAGAAAAAAUAGUCCCCGAACGUAAAACCUGCAAAUGAGCAUAAUCUGGGCUCUUUACCAGUCCAUCAGAGUAUUAUUAUUAUUAUUAUGAAUAUUAUUAUUUUAUCACCUUAAAUAGCAGUUUCUGUCUUAUCUCGUAUUUAGGAUGGUCUUUUUCUAGUUGUUUAAAAGAUGAUCGCGUUUGUACGGCUUUGAAGCAGAACCGGAGUGACUUUUUUAGACCGAUGCUGAUUUUCUCAAAAUGCCACGUGGCAGUUUUUAAAAAAAAUUAAAGCCUAAUGUAAGCAGUUUUAUUACAGACCACCUAAAUGUUUCAGGUUUGUUUUAGAUGAAUAAAAGCCAGGAUGCUAAGCUGCAUUUCUUUGGUAUUUUUAUACUGUAAAUUCUACUACGAAGCGAAUCUCGGUCGGCGUGUCGCUCCUGUUCUGCUUCAAAGUGCAUCCAGCAGCUCUGAUUCCUACACAGAAUGUCUUUACUACUCACUACACACUGGACUGUAUUCUCAUGCUGUAGGCCUGUUUUUGUUUUUUGGAAUCCGAGCGGAGGUUCGGCGUCACUGUUACUGUGCAAUCACGCUAACGAAGCCCCCCCCACACACAGACGAUCAGAUCACACCUCUGCCCUCGUUAGUCUGUGCACACCAUUUCAUGUACAUACUGUAUCUGUUUUCAGGUUUACUAGAAGACUUAUGUAGUUUUGUUCUCAAUCAAAAAUCUAAUUUGUAUAUGGUCAAAUGUGUCCACCUCAGUCAGUUUUUUUUUUUGUUUUUGUUGUUGCUAUAUUAUAAUACACCUGAAAAAAAAAAAAUCCUGUUUCACUCUAGUUUAAAUUACUGCAAUGGGAGUUUCUUCCCACUUUUAUACCUCUUUUUUUGUUGUCAGUUUCUGUUUUUUGGAUUACAGAGAAAAUGGAAUAUUGUAAAUUGUGACAUUAUUUAUACUGUACAUGGUUGUUUUCUUAUAUAUUUAUUGCAUAUCAAAGGAUACUUCACUUGAUAAGGGGCUACAAGGUAUUUUAAAAAUGUAGUAUGGUCACGAUGUGUGGAUAAGGGGAAGUGCAAUCAGGGGGGGCGGUUUAAUUUUCAUGGUGCUAGACCCCCUCCUUGCCUCAAUGCCCCCUCAUUAAACAGCAUAUAACGAUGUAUGAACAUAAGUCAGUGAUACAACUCGAACCAACCAUUUUGGUGCUUAGAACCAUUUCAAACACAGUUUACUGGUACCAGAAAUGGAAUGAUGUCUUUGUACUGUAUCUAACAGAUAAAUACGAGAUCUUUUUUAACUUUUUUUUUGUUUUUUUUCCAUUGUAUGAAUUCAUAAUCUUGUGAGGCAUUAGUGGUUUUCUGAUGAUGAGCAUUAGCAGUAGUUGUACUUCUUGACACUUUUUGCAGAGACUUUUAGGGAUGUGACUUUUAAUGGCGUCGAGGUUUUUUCGUGUCUUGUCCUCAUUAUUAUUAUUAGUAUUAUUUGGAGGAUGUAAUAAUGCUCUUUUUUUUUUUUUCUUCUCUCUCCUCUUGACUUGUUUGAUUUAUGCUGCACUUAUUGUUUCAAAAAGAACUCACAUAGAAGAAGACCUGAGCCAGACCUGUCUUAAAUCCCUCUGUGAUUUUUCUGUGACAUAUUGUAUCGUUGUUCAAGAAAAUAAAAAAUGUUUUGAUAAAUUAUUCAA